CCGUCCACAAGCGCAGACAUCAACAAGGGAGCGGGUUACUGAUGCGGGUUGAUUGUCAUAAUAGUCACAUCGCUACGACGCGCAAACAGGACUAUUACUUUGUAUCAGCUACACUCAGCUUGCUCCAAGAUGUUUGGCUUUCACAAGCCAAAAAUGUACAGAAGCUUGGAUGGCUGCUGCAUCUGCCGCGCAAAGUCGUCAAGCUCCCGUUUCACGGACAGCAAGCGCUACGAGAAAGACUUCAGGAGCUGCUUCGGACUAAGUGAAACACGCUCAGGAGAAAUCUGUAAUGCCUGCGUGCUCCUGGUGAAACGGUGGAAAAAACUUCCUGUGGGAACCAAGAAGAACUGGAACCAUGUUGUUGAUGCCCGAGGAGGUCCCAGCCUAAAGAUCACUUCCAGGCCCAAGAAAAUCAAGUCCAUCUCCAAGAAAGCAAGGCCGAGCCAGAUCAGCAGGCUGCAAAAAGAGCUGAAAAGAAACAACUCAGACGCUCACAGCACCACCUCCAGUGCCUCGCCAGCUCAGUCUCCCAGUUACAGCAACCUGUCAGAUGACGGCUCUGACACUGAGCUCAGCCCAGGAUCCAGCCGCUCCCCUGUUUUCUCAUUUCUCGACCUAACAUACUGGAAAAGGCAAAAAGUGUGCUGUGGAAUUAUCUACAAGGGCCGCUUUGGAGAGGUGCUCAUCGACCCCCAUUUGUUCAAACCAUGCUGCCGCAAAAAACAGCGACAGCAGCAGCAACAAGAGGAGGAGGAAGAAGAAGACGAUGAGGAGGACGAGGAGGAAGAGGUGGAGGUAGAGGAGGGCCCGGGGGGCGUGGAUGUAGGCCGGCAGAAAUCCCACAUAGAAGAAGAGGAAGUGAAGGAGACUCCGGUGCGUGAGCAGCAGCCUGUUCAGCUAUGCGUUUCCGUGACAACACCUUCAGCCAGGAGCGGGGCGUUGGUGGAUGAAGGGUGGUGAAGGAGAAAACCUCCCGUGUUGCACACAUCUCUGAAGCAAUCUUGAGGUGCUAUUUUUUUCUUUGUUUUUUUUUUUUUUUUUUCUUUUGAAGCACUUACAGAAAGAAGUGGCCUCAGAUUGCCUUCAGUCACAAAGCAGCUGAAAAAUCCUUUGGUCUUCUCCUUAAAAAUGUCAAAGGUUUGUUUAUUAUUUUUAAUGAUAACUUAUGGACUGUUGUGUUUCCACUUUGUCUCAUUUUUUUAAUUUAAUAUUCUCACCAUCCUGUCGAUGGACCAUCAUCUGUGAUUUUAUUGAUCUGCUUUAGAUUAAAUGCUGGAGCUCUAUAGUUUGCUGGUACUUUGAAAAGGCUUUAUUCCAAAACGCAAUAGAUCCACUCAGUUACAGAAAAAGGUGCUACUUGAAAUUCAUCACUUCAAACAUACAGCUAAAUCAUUAUCAAUGUGGAGAUUUUAUAAGCAUACAGUUUAUGAUAAGAUGACUAAUAUACAGUACAUAAAUGAGAUUAAUUUUUCUUUCUUUGUAAAGAGUAGGUAUCUCUUUUUGAAAUGGUGGAAAUCUCGUUUUGGAAUGAAUAACUUUAUUUUUAUUUUGAGAGUGCACAGACCUGUACAGUAGCCCCUGUGUUUGUGUCUUUUCACAUUAACAUCCACUCCUAUCAAAGACUCUGUGUUUGUAGACUGGAUUAGUGUCUCUGUGUUCAAAUGUCGGUCCCGGUUAAAUAAGGCCUAUUCACAGCUUCAACAGCAAAUACACCAGCCUUAAUUAUGUGUUACAGACAGUGCUAGUGUUAAUUCUGGAUUGGUAUAUUAAGGAACAAAAAGGGACAGUAGCUAUAUUUAUCGUGGCCUCAGCAACACAUAGUGCAUUUUGCAUGAAUGGCAAGUCCACUCAUCCAAAAGACCUAAUGAUCUGGAGCAUGAGUCUACUAAAAUUGCAUGGCCUUAUACUGUAUAAGCUGUAAAAUUUACUUCUUUUUUUAAUCCAUUUCUCUGAAGUUUUAACUUAUUUUUGUAUGUAAAAAAAAGAAAAAGCAAAAAUAUAAAAGUGUCUUUGCAUAAUAAUACUACACAAUACAGCAGCAAAACACAAAAUCGGUCUAUUGUCAUUCAGCAAUACAAGCAUCAGUGAUUCCCACCAUUCUUGGGUCAGUUUACGGUUAAAAUGAACUUUUUACAAGCUAAAAUUCUAUGCCAUUGCCUCUAAUAUACCACAAAUGUGUUGUGAUAUAUAGCCUAAUAUUACUUUAUUUAUCAAAUUAAAGCCAAAGCACAUUGAAAUUCACCCAAUGUCAAAUCAAUGCAGGUUUUCUAUGGACGCUUGUGCUAGUCCGAGGUCAUUUGUAUGUAUGUUUAUGGUAUUCUAAAUGAACACUAAUAUGAAAUUUCAUACAUGUGAUGUUGUAGCUGGGAGCAGAGGGUGUGUUCUGUACAUACGGGGAGGGCAAGCCUUAAGGCUCUUAUAUUGGUUUCAUUAUUUAUUUCAUAUUUAUUUGUAUCACUGCAUCUCCACUUAGAAGUGUAAUGCUAUGAAUUAUUUUCAUCUUUGGCUUAUCUGUAGUAUGGUUUUGUACAUCAGAAAUCGAAUGUAAUUCUCACGCAGGCUUCGUUUAACAUUGCGUUGAAUUACUGGUUGUCAGUAUUUGUGAAAUGUUGUUAAGUAUUUAUUUACUCAUCAGUUGAGUUGCGUGCAACCUAACUUAUUCUGUACCAUUACUUUGGAUCUGUAUCAUGUAGACUGAAACGAAUGAUAGAUGCAACCAAACUGUACUUUUCCCUUCUAGCCAGUAGCUUAAUACAUUACCUAAUUCUAGACUUGCAUGUACUGUUGCUAUGCAUUUACUUAGCUUACAAGGUAGACAAAGCGGUUUUGUAUUUUUUAUACAUCAUGUACUUUUUUUACUUGUCCCCUAAUAAAAGUAAUUUUGUGAGUUU